UCUCCAUAUACACAGCACUUUCAUACAGUUUCACAGCAGUUAUUUCAUAUACUUACCUUAUGCCCUAUACGGCGGUAUUGCAGUACCUAUACGGUACCUUCUCUAAUCACUUCUCGAAUGUUUACUUCUUGUUAGCUUCUAUCCCUCCUACUCCGUAUAAGCUCCCGCAUAAGCAAAACAGCAAGCUAUCAUCCUGAGGACUAUCGUAGUGUGCGACAUCUAACCUCCAAAUCUCUCCGGAUGCUGCGAUGACUCGUCUCGCAGUGGCUGGUUAUGCGUCCCUCACGUAAUUGCAAGCUACUCCUGAAGCUGACUUUUGUCCUCUGCGCCCUAACCUUCGGCCUCUACUGCCUCCGUGCACCGAAUGUUCUCACGGACGUGUCCAGCCUCCUCUUUGAUGAUGCACGCAAUGCAUCCAGUCAGAAGCUCAACUCCUCGACCACCUUAGCUCCUGAAGAUAUCAUCGUGCGAAAUGGGAGUCUGGGUGGAGACGGAAAGAGGAAGAAAGAAGAAGUGUAUAAUGUUUGGUGUAUAUUUACUAAAGUGACGAGUAACUCACCGAUGAGAAGGAAGUUCAGGAUGUUUGUGGACUCGCUGUUGAAGUACUCGACGGGUGGUGUUGUCUUCCAUGUUAUUACAGAUGAGGAGAGUAAGAUCAUUGCCGAGAAGGUUAUAGAGUACAACUUUCUUGUCAAUAAGAAGAAAAUGAAGGUGCAAUAUUACAAUGUUCAUAAGUUAGCGAUAGAAAUAGAGGAUAUAGUCUCGGUGAUGUCACCACAUUUUAGCAGUAAACCAGGAACAUAUUAUUCAGAUGCUUUAUUCUUCUUGUCACUGGGCUUGCACAGAAUAGCUCCUCAGGAUCAAGAUACAGCAGUGAUGAUAGAUGCGGACACAAAGUUCAGAGUAGAUGUGAAAAAACUUUUUAAGGAGUUUGAUCAUUUUGGAAAACAAGCUUUAUUCGGACUUGGUCCUGAACUGACUCCUGUCUAUAGACAUGUAUUGUACGUAUAUCGAAGUAAAAAUCCCAAGACUAUAGUCGGAGAACCUGGUUACCUUGGCGGAUACCCGGGAUACAACAGCGGAGUAGUGCUUUUGAAUUUGAAGGGACUUAGGGAAUCCUUAGAGUACGACCAGAUUGUCAGUAUGGAUAGCGUUGAGCAUUUAGUAGAAAAAUACGAAUUUAAGGGACACCUGGGAGAUCAAGAUUUCUAUACAUUGCUGGGAAUGGAAAGACCAGAAUUCAUACAUGCAAUAGAUUGUGGAUGGAAUCGUCAGUUGUGCACAUGGUGGAGGGAUCGGGGCUAUGCAGACGUCUUUGCCAAUUACUCGCGUUGCGAUUCGGAGACAAAGCUCUGGCAUGGUAAUUGCAAUACACCGAUUCCAGAAGACUGAGAAAUGAAGAAAAGUACGUUACACUCUGAACCUCUUACCGACCAUUGUUAGUUAUUAAUCAAGUAAAAUGUUUUAAUACCUCGAUAAGAGAACUUAUGAAAGUAUUAACAUAACCGUUGAUUUACAGCAGAGCUAUUUAAAGUUUUACAUACUUAGAAGACUGUAACGUGUUUACAAAGUGUAUACAUUUUUAAUAGAGCUUCAAAAAUAUGACAUACUAAUUACCAUUAUAAAACCUUAUAUUUUAAGCGAGAUAAAAAAUAUAACUAACAACAUACAUUUAUAGAGAGGAAAACUAUUGGAUAGUUGUAGAAAUAACUAGUACAGAAGCUAGAUAAUCAAGAAGUAUGGAUAAAAAGAGUUUUAACGGAACUACCUACAAGUAUUCCAAAGAUAGUUCUUGAAAAAAAUUCUUAAUUCAUGUGUGUACUUUACGAAUAUUUAGAUAUUAAGAUGCGGUAUGGAAAAACCAUGAUAUUCGUACAACGUGCCUUUUUCGUAACGUAUUUGGCGGGUGAUAAGUGGUGAAGACCGCUGUUCGGGUGCGAUAGCGACCAUGUGGUUCUACUAACUGUGAUUACGAGCCCAUUAUUCGACUUUGCACAAUUUGUAUUAUAAAAAUUUUCUAUUGGGAACAUUAUAAAAAUGUCUUUUCUUUUGUCAUUCAUUAAUAAAGCGUAUUAUCGCGACAAUAAAAUUCCAUGACAUGUAUCCAUA